GUUAACAACGCUGAACGGUUGAAAUGGUGUUGGUUAUUGUUGAAACUAAAGAGUGUUGUACACAACUAACAAAACCAACAAUUAUUGGUAGCAAUGAAAACAAAUCAAUUGUAAACUAGACGUGAUGAAUGUGCCAACAACAAUGGGCAAUAGUGCCUACGCAGUGUUCGAWAAAAAAAUUAAUAAAAUGAAAUAAAUAAAUCCUAAAAACAAAAAAAAAGUGUGAAUGCUAUUAGCGUUAAGUUUUGUGGUUCAAUGAUGCUUGGUUUCUAUUAUUGAUUACCUUUAAGCCGAACCAAAUUUCAAACCGUCUCAUUGGGUUUUAUAAAAUUGUGAAAAUAUUGAAAUAAACGUAUUACUUGUUUAUUGUGUUGAAAGUGAUAAGCAAAAAUAUUACGACUCUACGACAAAGAAAAAAAAUCAGCCAAUACGAAAACGAAAUCGAUAAAAAAUAACAUAGAAAAGCGAAAUAGUGUACGAAGUGUAUUUGAAUGCGGCGCCGCGCACGCGCAUGCCAAAGUGCAAAGUGUAAUUGCCAUACAAUGAAAAUAAUCAAUUAAUUGCAACACUUUGCGAAACGAGAAAAUAAAUAUGUAAAUUACCUUCGCCAGUUAAUGAGUAUCAAAGUGCAAGAAACUAGUGCAAAGCAAUAAAAAUGCCACACAACAAAUUGCAGCGCAAGCCAUCCUGCGAGACGCUCGCCAGCAUGGCAUUGGAUAGCACGCUGGACUCGCGCAUGUCCAGCGCCGAAAUACCGCAAAUGGAAUUGCUCAAGGUGAACUAUGUACAACAGUGCAAGGAAGUGCGCAUGCCGCGGCCCACCGCUGCAACGGCGCAACAAAAGCGUCACGCGCUUAUGGCUGUAGGUGUCAAAUAUCCAGGCUACAAGGAGGCUAUUGACAGUAGUCACAGUCAGUUCGUUGGCGCCAAAGCUAACACAAACCAUCAAAGUAAAACAAAUGUGGGCGCGCUCAAUGCACCGCAACGCGCCACACCGCUUAAGAGCAAAAUGUCAGAGCGCGCCAAGCAACCAAUGCCGCCGCCCACCAUUGAGUCAUGGCAGUUUUUGCAGCAUCAAAUGCCACAAGCAAAAGCUCAACAUGCGCAACAACAAAAGCUGGCGUGCACUGCCACUGCUCCGAAAUUGCACACACAGCAAGCGCCAACACAUGCCACUACUAGCGUGAACAAAGCUGCGCACUCUGUUGACGAUCAAGAUUACGUGGAUGUACAGUCGUGUUGCAACUCCUCCUGUGAAUCUGCCACGCUGUCUUCAACUUCCUCAGAUGAAGAUUUAGAUGAUGGCGCCUCUACGGUAUAUCCUGAUUGCGAGAAAUCGCACAGUUGGAAUUAUCGGGCGCGCAUCUCCACUUGUGAUAUACGCCGCGAUAUUGCGCGCGCUGGUAUUAAGUCGCGCGCCGAUCGCAUAGCGCGUAUUGAAAAAACGGAUUGCGAGCCUCAACAACAGCAAAACGCAACUGUGAAUGUAGUUGCUGGUGAAAAACACGCUACAGCGGCCACCGCUUCACAGCAGUCCGGCGGCAAGCCAAUACCGGCAGCUGUAACGCAAAUUAAUCGUCUCUUCGAGCAAGCUAAACGACCGGAACAGCGGCGUUCAACAAAACAGCACCGCGCGCCAGCACCGCCGCAAUCAAGUAAUGCAACGCAAACCACUACAGUGGCACAACCAUUACGCGCGGCGCCAACGCCUAUAAAGGAACCCAAUAUGCGCAUGCGCGCGCGCGAUAUGUUGCCGCGCAUUGACGAGCGUGUGAAUCGUUUAAGUAACUCAAGCGCGCCUGGUGACUGCUAUGAUUGCAUGCUGGAAAGUAACAACAACGCAAGUGAAGAUCAUAAAGCGCACGUUACCGCUGAUGCAGUGCGUCUACCGCGCUCAUCACCUGAACAACGGCAACAAGUGUCGCGCAUACCGAAGCCCAUUAGUGAAGCGCUACAGCAACAACCACAACAGCAACUAGCACAAAAACAACAAACGCAGGAGCAACAAACACAAAAACAACAAAUACAACCACAACCACAACAGCAACAAACACAACAACAACGACUCUCCACCAGCUCCGCGCUACUUUACAAUGAGGCAAAUGAGCAACUGCAACGGCGCAUACGCCAAAUGUUCGAUCAUGAGCAGGCGCGCACACAUCAGCUGCAGCGACAGGUUACCGACGAGUUUCGCAUGCACUGCGCGGGUGAGAAAAUCAAACUGCGCGCCAGUAAAUCGCACGCAUUGGAAGCGACAGAUAAACCUGAACGCGAUAAUAUGCAUAAGUCCGAUAGUUGCGAUGAGCUUGAUAAAAUCGAUAAGCACCUGUCCAAGCAGACGCGCCAGCAUGUUGCGACAAAUUUUCAAAAGAUCAAAAUGGAGCGCGUGCAUAUACGCAAGAAACGCCAGCCGCUGCUGAUAAUUAAUCAGCUCAAUGAGUCAAAAGCUGAUAAUAAUGACAGAACUUUGGAGGAAAGCGCGCACGAAAUACGUGAAACGAAAUGCAACGCGUUACACAAGCCAACGAAGGAGGCAGCUGCGAAGCCUACGCACGACGCCAGCCGACGCACAUGUGGCUACAAGAACUGCACCUUCACCAACUGCCCCAUGUCGGCGGUGGCGAGUAAGACAGCUGGCGGCAGCAGCAGCACGAGCACGCCACAGCAAUCCGAUGAGGAGUUGAAUACGCGCAAGCGCCUAUCGCUCGAAAGCUGCUGCUCUGACUCUGGCGUCUCCUCAUCCACCGAUAUUAAGGAGCGCAAAACAAUAGAGAACAACAUGAAGAAUAUUGAGAAAUGCGCGGACUGUGUGAAAAUACUGCUGCACCAAACUGGCGCUGACACAACAGUAAUGCAACACAAGCUGCACCUAACCACCACUGUGCCAGUGCCAAAACUGAAAGAACUGGAUGGUGACUUACAGAAGGAGGGGCAAAUUAAGAUACGCGUCGGCAAAGCGCCCGGUGGCGAUCCAAACGAUUUGCAAAAUUUCGCAAAAAAAAAUUUAACGAAGGCCACGACGGAUGAGCUAUUAACCGCGGCCGUGGCGAAAAACAACAUGUGCAACAAAGUGGGCGCCGCUGAUAAGUUGUCUAACCGGACUGUGGCCGCAAGCGCCAGCCAUGCCGCCAACCACACCAAACAGUGCAACAUCGAAAAUGACCUCAAAAUCAACGAACAGCGCAUUUACAAUAACACGAGUUGCUGCAGCAGCAGCAACAACAAUAGCAAUCACAGUUGUGGUGGCAACAAACUGAACGGUAGUGAACGCAAACCGUUAUGUGCUACAACAAUAAAAAUCGAUGAUACUUGGUUGCACGAGCAACAAAAUACCUGCGAUUUGGACUCGUUAAUGGUGCCGCCAUCGCCACCGCUGCGCGUCUCAUCAAAGGCGGCCAGCGCGCGUCAACAGCAUGCAAGUAACAACGGUAAACACAGCGCUAUCGGUGACAACGAUAAACAUAGUGUAAAGAUUUUCGUGCGCAGUUCCACUAACAGUGGCGGCGUGGGCGUCAAUCCAGCGCGCGCCUCAUCCAUAUCGAUGUGCUCAUACACUUCGCAAACCUCGGGAUGCUCGCUGAAUUCAGAAGCCUCCGCACUCACUAGCGCCAGCAAGGCGUCAACAUCUGGCAGCUCCUACACAACAAUUUCGAGUAGCGCUUCGAGUAGUGAGGGCAAAUGUAAUUGUCGCCACGCGAACCGUAAUGCCAACGCGGUGGCAAAAAAUCAGUUAGAUGAGCGAGCAGAUGAAUCCGAGGAUACCGACUACUAUUGCAGUUUAGAGCACAUGCGCAAAGCGGGUAUUUUUUACAAUCAUAUCUCAGGCGCUACUAAGAGUAGCCGCGGCACACAGAGCGAUACGCUGCGUGCAUGCGUCUUCUCACCGACGCCCUCAAUGGGCACCUUCAGUGAGGUUAGCUGCGUUGCGUGCGGCGAUGAGCGCGAACAGCAAGCAACAAACCGUCAAAGCAUUGGCAGCAACGGUCCCAUUGACGGCGUCUUCUGGAAUAACACAUAUUUCCAGCAAGACGCUGAUGUAACUUUAGAGGGGGCUGGGAAUGCAGCACACAAAAAGAGCAAAUUAGGAGGCAGCGCGCCAGUUGAACACAGCGAACCGAGUAGCGAUGACAACGAGCAUUGUUGCUGCAGUCUCACUAGUUGUGAUGAUGACAAUUGUUCUUACUAUGAGUGCGGUGGUGGUGCGCAAACGGAUGAUGAUCAUUGCGUGUCACGCAUCGAAGUGCACGCCAGCGUGCAUACGCCGAGUGGCGAUAGUGAAAGUAAUAAUGAUGAUUGCAAAGCGGCAGCCGGCAAUAAAAGUAAAAGCGUUGUGGCUACUAAUGACUUUUGUAAUUGUGACGCGCGUCAUUACUGCGCGGAAAAAAGUGGUGCAAAAGAUAAAUAUGCGCUCGAGGUGGAGCGACAGCAUGCGCGGGAGCGUGAGCGCUACGCUGCGCGCCAGCAGCAACAGCAGGAACAGCAGUGGCUGCGGCAGCGCAUGCGUGAACGCGAGCGACAAAUGCAAUUCAUACGAAACAGCAGUGCUGAGGAGAUUCUGAUACGCAAUAAAAAGCUCUUGAGGAAGGCUGAUUUAAUACAUGAAUUUCGACCGAGAUCGAUGGAUGGCGUCAUUGACUCAUCUUCGGGCUCAUUAAAUGGUGAUACCAAUGGAUCAAGUCCAGAUAGUGCGAGUCAUUUACAAAAUCAGCAGGACGCUGAAGCGCGACGCGUACAUCGAGGUCAUGUACUCACCGAACUACUGGAAACAGAACGGAUUUAUGUAAAUGAAAUGGCCUCUAUUCUAAAGGGCUAUCGUGAUCAAAUGCUAUCUGAAGAAAUGAUGCAUCUUGUACCCGCCAGCCUACAAGGCAAAGAGGAUAUACUGUUCGGCAAUUUAAACGAAUUAUAUACGUUUCAUAAUGAGAUCUUUCUUAAGGAUCUGGAAAAUUGUAUAUCAACAACAGAGUUGGUGGCGCUAUGUUUUGUUCAGCGGCGCGACACCUUCUAUCGUUUGUACUCUUUCUACUGCCAAAAUAUACCGCGCUCCGAUCGAUUGCGCGAGACACUGGUCGAUACACAUCUCUUCCUGCAAGAAUGUCAAAAGCGUUUGGGGCACAAACUGCCUUUGGGCGCGUAUCUGCUGAAGCCCGUGCAACGCAUUACCAAGUACAAAUUACUGCUCGAGAAUUUGCUCAGCUCCAGCGACAGCGGCAGCUGCACCAAAGAAUUGCAAAAAGCUUUAGAUUGCAUGCUGAUUGUGUUGAGGUGUGUGAACGACUCGAUGCAUCAAGUGGCUAUAACGGGAUUCCCGAGCAAUCUUUCGCAACAAGGCGAACUGCUGCUGCAGGAUCCCUUCCAAGUGUGGACCGAGUCGAAAAAGGAUUUGCGACUGCGCAAGAAACCGCAACAACGACACAUAUUUCUCUAUCAAAAGUCGAUGAUUUUCUGCAAGAAAACCUCAAAGCCCGGUCACAACAAGAGCACUUAUCAGUUCAAGCAUCAAUUAAAGAUGUCACAAAUCGGACUCACCGAAUCGGUACGCGGCGAUUCCACACGCUUUGAAGUCUGGCUGCAAGGACGCCAAGAAGUCCACACGAUACAAGCGCCGGGCGAGGAGGUGAAAAACAAGUGGGUCACAGAAAUCAAACGUUUGCUACUCAACCAGCUGGAAGAGCUGAAGGGUGAGAAAAUCAAACAGUACAGCAUGAAUCAUCAUGGCCUCAGACAGACCACCUCAUGGGAUACGCCCAACAUACUGCUGGGCAUGCCGCAGCGCGCCGUUAGCUGCGAUGCAUCUUCAGAAUCGUCGAAUCGCAACUCCAACUGCAGCAGUAGCGGUGAUGAUGCCUACCCGCACGGCAUGCCGCAACUGAGCACGACGACGGGCAAUGGCCAUGCGCAUGCCAACGGCGGUAGUGGCGUGGAUAAAGAACAGCAAGAAGCAUGCGGCUGGAGCUCAGACUACUCGAACAGUGAGGACGAAAUGUCGAUCAUUGAGGAUAACAGCGCGCCGGGCAGUAAAUUUGUUGCCCUUGCCGAUUAUGCGGCUAUGGGACACUCGGAGGUCUCAAUGCGCGAAGGUGAUGCGAUUGAAUUGUUGAAGGUGGGCUGUGCUGGCUGGUGGUUUGUGCGUGUUUUAGAAGCCAAUGCAGAGGGUUGGACUCCAGCGGCAUAUUUGGAACCGCUCAAUCGAAAAUCUUCUCGAAGCUCGAGCCGCAAUCAGGAGCGAAUAAACUUAACCAAAUGUGCUGAGUAAAUUAACAAACAACAAAAACAAAACAUAAAUUUAUUACGUGGUAGGAAGUCAGAGGAUGAAAGCGGAAAAAACGGGCCUUUUGGAAAUUUUUGCAGAUUCUUAGAAUUGAAAUCGCAUGUAGAUGUAUACAUAUACAUACAUACAUAAGUAUUUCACAUUUAACAAACAACAAAGCAAACCUAAACAGGAAUCCAAUUGAUAUUAAUGGAAUUAACGGAACAAUUCAAAACAAUUCACAUACAAAUCUCACUUUUGCAGAAAUCUUUUUUGAUUUACAUAUAUAUGGUACAUAAAUAGCUUACUAAAGCAAACACUUGUAUUGAAGUCAAAAAUAUAUACUAUAUGCAAUAUUGAAGCUUUACAUUUAUAUAUAGUACGUGUACAAAAAUUGAAAUUCUAAAAAUAUUAUGCUUGAAAAUUGCAGGGGUGAAA